AUGACCAUUUUUCCCUUCUCUCAUGAUUCCGAAGCAAGUUCGAGAAAUCAAGCUUCGCGUAACAGCGACUCCACUCGUUUAUCGCUUACUCACUUCCUCGAUCGCAAACUGCAUAACUCUUCAACAGUCCCUCAAACCGUUCCGGGGAAAUUGACGCCUUUUCAAUCACCGACCAGUGAGCAAGAUGGAAGCGUCAAACUAACUGAAGAAGAGAGAAAGUCUGCAACUGCUGAUGAGAAGUUGAUUUUGGGAAUGUUCAAGCAAGAGGGCAAAUGUGACUUUGUUCCUCUGUUAGAUCUUGAUGAGUUAGGAAAUUCUGUGGCAGGUGAUGGUCAAGGAGCUAGGAAAAGGAAAAAUCCAUUUGAUGAUCAAGUAGGCACCAUGUCUCUGAUUUCAUACUAUGUAUGUCGUUCAUUGUCAUAUGCUUCUUUAGGAAACUUCAAUCGGAAGUUUAUCUUGCCGGUUGAAGCACGGGAUUGGAUUGAGACCACUGUUAGAGAGGCAUGGAGAAGAUAUAAGCACAAAAUUAAGAAGAAUCAUUUUUUGAAGUAUUCCAACAUGACCGAGAGACUCAAAAAUCGUCCGCCAAACGUGCCAAUAGCCCAGUUUAAGAGUCUUUGUGCUUAUUGGAGUAAGGAAACUAUACAAGCAAUCAGUGAAAAUAACACUAGAAAUAGAGCUCAACUAAAGUGGAUGCAUCGAAUGGGUCCCAAAAACUUUGCUUUGACUCGUGAAAAAGUGCGUGAAAAGGAAAAAAGAGAGCCCACUCAAUCAGAAAUGUUUGUUGAAACUCGAAAAGGAAAUAAAGGAAAGGAACUGGAUGUAGAAACUAGAAAAGUAAUUUCCCAACUUCAAGAAAUGGUUGAAAAGGAGGAAAGUGAUACAGAAGCUUUUAAAGUUUUUUUUGGAAAGGAGUGUCCAGGCAGGGUACACUGUUAUGGGAGAAACAUAAUUAAAACUUCCUUAAAGAGAAAGGCAGAGAUUAAUGCUUUGAAACAAGCCCAAAGUGAAGACGUCUCUACAUUAAGGGACGAGUUUCAAGAUAAGAUUGAUAGAUUGCAAAAUGCUUUUAAGACCGUAAUACAACAAUGCAAUCCUCAAAUUAAUAUAGAGUCAAUUGAAGAUUUGUUAGGAUUAUCUCAUGGAGAUGCUAAUAGUUCCCCAAAGGAUAUAAUACCGCAAAUGCAUUCAUCUACAUCAACUCAUGCUCCAUGUCAUGGAAAGGUAACCAUAUAUACCAAUAUUAUUGAUUUAUAUUUUUCUAAUUAUGUUAUAGUAUCAAAAUGGUUGUUAAUGUAUGCAAAAAUUUGCAAGUAG